AUGCACCACGACAAUAACGACGACUACGGCACGUACGACGACCUCGAUAACAACAGUCCCAGUGAGGAUGACGACGAGGGCGAUGCCGAGUUUCAGCGCAGGCUAAUGGAGCUCUCAGAGGAGAUAUACCGGGAGGAGGAAGAGGGAAGGUUGCGGGCAGCGCUUGGUGUGAUCAGCGCGAGUUAUGCGGAGGGACGACGGCUCCAAGCAGAGCAGAGGAAUCCAAGCCGUCUUUACCUGACGCACCCCCAAUUACUCCCUAAUCCGCGUGUUGCUACACCGUGGCAGAUCCUGUACAACAGCAGAAACGAUCGGGCAUUUAUCACAACAAUGGGUGUCGACGUCGACACGUUUGUGUACAUCAUUGAGUCCGGUUUUGCCUCUACAUGGUACAGCACCCCCAUCCCCCGAACGGACACUGAUGCAGCCGGGGACUCUCGACCAGGAGCACGAUCACUUGAUGCCAACGGCGCCCUGGGUCUUGUCCUCCACUACCUCAGCUCGACCAUGCAUGAGAUCAGCCUACAGCAGAUUUUUGCCAUCAUCCCCUCCACUGUUUCCCGCUACAUCACCUUCAGCCUCAACAUCCUCCAUGUUGUGUUAAGGAAAAUCCCUGAAUGCCAAAUCAGGUGGCCGUGCACGCAGGAAGAAUUUGUUGCGUACAAUGCCCUCAUCAUUGUCCGACACCCUCGACUUACGGGAGCGUUUGCGAGCAUUGAUGGGUUGAAUCUACCAGUUCAGACUUCGGCGGAUGCAGAGAUCGAGAAUGCCACUUACAAUGGAUGGCUUUCUGACCACUGCGUGAGUAAUAUCCUUGUCUUUGCACCUGAUGGUAAAGUCAUCGCUGUGAGAUUGAACGCACCUGGCAGCUGGCACGACUCGCGUGUUGCAAGGCCUAUUUAUGACAAGCUUCUCACUCGGACUCCCGACGGCUUCUACCUGGUGGCUGACACAGCAUUCCCGCGCGGUAACGUGCAAAUUGACAGCAGGAUCUGUGCUCCCAUUAAGACUGGGCAGCGCAUAAACGGGACACAAGCAGAGAUUGAAGAGAAACUCGCAUUUGAUCGAGAACUGCUCUCAUAUCGCCAGACAGCUGAAUGGGGAAUGCGAACAGUACAGGGCUCAUUUGGACGUCUCCGUGUCCCUCUGGAUAUCAACAACACCAAGGCGCGCGCAAACCUCAUCGAGGUUUGUCUUCGACUGCAUAAUUUACGUGCGGAGCGCGUUGGACACAACCAAAUUCGGUCAGUCUACAUGCCAGUUUGGAUGGAGGCCAUGGAGGAUGCAAGACUAUGGUCGGAUUUUGGAGAUGUGAUGUUCUCAGAACAGCGGAGGAAUGAUCGUGUUGCUAGAUUCCAUAACUUUCCUGUUUAUGAAGAUGUAUAGAGCAUGAAUUGUAUUAACGA